GUCGGAUUUCUCAAGAGUGGGCGCAUCAUGAGGCGACCAGGUGUAUCGAUGAAGGGGAAGUCGACGAUAACAGUAAACGUGUACGACAUCGUUGAAAGCAACUCGUUCACCUACGCAUGGGGCCUUGGAGCGUUUCAUUCAGGUGUCGAGGUCGGCGGGGUCGAGUACUCGUUCGCAGGCGGGGCAGGAAUCUUCACGUUAGCACCCAAGUCAGCACAAGGCGCGGUGUUCCGAGAGUCCAUCGACAUGGGCUCGUUUGAAGGCACAUAUCACGACGCGAAACGGAUUUUAGAUGAUAUGCGCAGCGAGUUCCACGGGAGCCAGUACAACCUGCUCACCAAGAACUGCAACACGUUUUCGAAUGAAGCAUGCUUGCGACUUGUGGGCCAGCCGAUCCCCCCUUUCAUCAAUCGCAUUGCGUACUUUGGGUCGUGCUUUAGUUGUUUGAUCCCCAAGCAACUCAUGGGCGAAGCACCCGUGCAAGAGACCAAAUUCAGCAGAUUUUCACGAGCGUCGUCGUCAUCGUAUGGAGCAACGAACGUGCCGGUGUUUGCAGGGCAAGGCCUGACCCUCAACAGCAGCGCCUCCUCAAGCCUUCUGGCUUCGACAGACGAGAGCGACGAAACUUUGCGCCGUGAAAAGCGCGUGGCCGCAGCGCUGAAACGCCUUGAAAACAAAGAGUAGCGACCAUCAAUGUAGUACAGAACAGACUCGAUCUGCUAUUUACUAGUACAGCGUAGUGUGGUCGACUGUUUUGCAUUGGUCUCGCCAAAGCUCGUUCGAAAAGAAGUACAUUGCCGCUCGAUCCAUAGCAUUCUUCUACACCCACUCGCUCUAGAAACCGAGCAACCUAGACCAAUAUAACGUACUACGUACUCUGCCAG